AAGCGUUAAUUAGACUGAGUAACCUUAAUCGGAGCAGGCUGGCCGGCCGCAGUAGCAUUCCAAUUUCCACAACGUGAUCUAUAAAUUCACAAUCCUCCUUCCAUAAAUCUUCAAUAGAAUCUCCAAGAACCUCCGGCGGUUUUCGAUCCAAUCAUGAGGCAAGCAGGAGCAUAUUCCGGCGUGAUGUACUGGAAGACAGGGCCGCACUCGCUGCCGUUAGCGAGGAUAAAGAAGAUCAUGAAGAAAUCGGGAGAGGAGGUGAAGAUGAUCUCCGGUGAGGCUCCGAUCGUGUUCUCGAAGGCGUGUGAAUUGUUCAUCGAAGAAUUGACGAAGAGAUCGUGGAUGAUUGCGAUGCAGAGUAAGAAGAGGAUGCUUCAUAAAGAGGAUGUGGCUUCCGCUAUUCUGGCGACGGAUGUUUUCGAUUUUCUGAUCGGAUUGAUCUUCAAUGAAACCGCCGCCACCGCGGGAGAUGUUGGUGAAAGUGAAAAUAUUUCGGUAGGUUGUUGA